AUGGGGGAGCAGCCGAUCUUCAGCACCCGUGCCCAUGUCUUCCAGAUUGAUCCAAACACCAAAAAGAACUGGGUUCCCACCAGUAAACACGCAGUCACCGUGUCCUACUUCUACGACAGCACCCGAAAUGUCUACAGAAUCAUCAGUCUGGACGGAGCCAAGGCUAUCAUCAACAGCACCAUCACUCCAAACAUGACCUUCACUAAGACCUCACAGAAAUUUGGCCAGUGGGCAGACAGUCGGGCAAACACCGUCUACGGUCUUGGGUUCUCCUCCGAGAGUCACCUGGUCAAAUUUGCAGAGAAGUUUGCAGAAUUCAAGGAGGCAGCACGAGUAGCUAAAGAAAAAUCUCAGGAGAAGAUGGAAUUAACUAGCACUCCUUCUCAGGCAAUGACCAGCGCUACAACAAAGGAAUCAGCCACAGGUGACCUUCAGUCACCUUUGACCUCUGAGAGCAUAAAUGGAACAGAUGACGAACGGGUGACAGCUAAUACUACCCAGAACUCAGAGUCCCGGGGAGAGGCCAACGCAGUCCCCUUCCCACACAGUUCUAACAUUAACAAGCACUGGGAAGCAGAGCUCGCAGCCCUGAAAGGAAACAAUGCCAAACUGACAGCAGCGCUCCUCGAAUCAACAGCCAACGUAAAACAAUGGAAGCAGCAGCUUGCGGCGUACCAGGAGGAAGCAGAGAGAUUACAUAAACGGGUGACAGAGCUGGAGUGUGUGAGCGGGCAGGCCACAGGCAUUAAGACCCAGAAGACAGAACUCAACCAGACCAUAGAGGAGUUAGAAGCAGCACUCAAGGCCAAGGAAGAGGAACUGGAACGUUUAAAAGAAGAAGUGCAAAAAGCCAACCAGCUACAGACUCAGAAGGAUACAGAUUCCCAGAAAUUACAGGAAACAGAGACGCGGAAUCAGGAGUUGGAGGCUCAGGUGGUGGAGCUUGAGCAGCGUCUGGAGAGCAGUCAGAUAGAACAGGAAAACUUCCGGAAAAGCCUUCGCUCGCUGCUGGAACUCCUGGAUGGAAAAAUCUUUGAGUUGACAGAAUUACGUGACAGCCUGGCUAAGCUCAUCGAGGGGAGCUAGGGCCAAACACAAUGACCUGUACUGGAACAGCAUUCGCCAC